UAAACUAUUUCUGGGGAAAAGUCCAACAAAUGGAAAUCAACAAGGAAUUACAAAAUGGGAAAUACAAUGAUCGGAUGGGGAUAUCAGAAAAAACAUACGCAUUACAAAUAUACAAUAAUGCAAAACAUUUACAAUAUAAUUAUUCGUCAGAACAAUUAGUCGAACUGAUUGCAAGACAUUUUGAAGAAACGCUAGAAGACCAUAUCACGUUGCAAAAUUACAAAGACAUAGAUAGUUUGUGCCAAUUCCUACAAAUAAGAGAAUCGCGUCUAAGAGAACGAAAAUCAAGAAGAUCGCAAGAAGAUUACAGACACCAAGAACCACAGGAUUACACAGAUAGAAGACAAAAUUAUAGCAGGGACUAUACAAGACGAGAUUCUAAUCCCAGGAGGGAAAACGAAAAUAGAGACAACGGAAGAGGAAAUUAUGAACAAAGAAAUAGGCAAUGGAAUGAGGACAGGAAUCGAGAAAACCAGAAUAGAAACACCACACGCACAAAUCAAGAAAACAGAAAUAAUGGUAGGCAAAAUGAACAGGGAUAUCGAGAAAACCGAAACAGAUCCGACAGACCAAGAGAAAAUAGAAGAGAGGUAAAUAAUACCCAGACAGAAGAAUAUGACAAAGAGAGACACUACGACGACAAUAUAAACAACGAGGAACAACCGGCGCGGCUGGCGUUUUUUCACGAAGGCGCUCACUAGAAAUAAAGAACCAAACAGGAAUUUUUUGUUACCCGAAGGAAUUUAUAAAACUGACAGGAAACAAUGAAAAAAGAAAUGGGAUAAAUUUAAAAUUUGUGGGUGGCUUUAUAAACGAGAAACCAGUUAAAAUUAUGAUAGACACUGGCUCGGAAAUAACACUGGUCAACAGAAAAUUAAUAGAAGAAGUUAAUUUAACAAAUCUAAUUUACAAAAUACCUAGGGUGAACUUAGUGAGCGCAAAUAAACGGACAUUGGCAACUAUAAAUGAAGGCAUACGAGUAAUGGUACGAUUGGGUAAGAAUUUGUAUGCACUACAAUGUGUAAUAAUGCCAAACAUGUCACAUGACAUGAUUGUAGGAGUUGACGAAUUGGCAGAAAAACAUGUAGUGAUAGAUUUCAAAAAUAAUACGAUGAAACUAACAGAAGAAAGAGAAGAAGAACAGGAUAAGGAGCAUGAGAAACAAAAUACGGACGAAUCAGGUAGAGAACAAACAGUGGAAAUGAAUUUGGCACCGAAGCAAGGACAAAGAAGAAAAAGGAGAAAAGGUCAGAAAAGGAUAAAAGAAAUUAAAACCUGGGAUUCCUGAAAAGAAGAGAUGAGCUCAGGGGAAAAAGAAGAAAGAAUAUUAACAACAAAAGAAAAUGAAAUUUGGGAUUCCUCAAAAGAAGAGAUGAGCCCAAAGGAAGAAGAAGAAAUAAAGUUAACAAAUGAAAGCGAAAAGGAUAUAAUUGAAACAGUGGUAUUUGAAGAGGAGGUAUAUGAAAACGAGGAUGCAGAAUGCACGAUAAACAUGUGUGAAGAAUCUGAGGAAAAAGACAGAAAAUUGAUAUGUGGAGAAGGAAAAGAAAAUGAAUUGCGUUUGAUGUUAAGAGACUAUGAAAAUUUGAUAAAUGAGGAAAACAGAGUGGCUAAAAAGUACGAACAUUCAUUUGAGGUUAAAAACUUGGGAAAUUUUCGAUCAAAGACUUACCCGAUUCCAUAUAAGUAUCGACAAGAGGUGAAAGAAGAAAUUAAUAAGAUGUUGGAAGAUCAAAUCAUCGAACGAUGUGAUUCACCUUAUGUUAACCCAAUUGUGAUAGUAAAGAAAAGCAAUGGAGAAUUGAGAUUAUGUUUAGAUGCCAGGAAUAUCAACCAGCACACUGUAUCACAAUAUGAAUCACCUCUAAACAUCGAGGCCAUUUUUGGAAGGAUUACGGGGUCACACAUAUUUUCUAAAAUUGACUUAAAACACAGUUUUUGGUUGAUACUUUUAGCUGAAAAGUGUAGAAACUACACCGCUUUUUCAAUUGAUGGUAUUGUCUACCGGUUUAAGGUAGUGCCAUUUGGAUUGCAGAGUGCUUGUGCAGCACUUGUACGAGCUCUCCAUACCAUUUUAAAUCGCCAUGAAGAUUUCAUAGUUCAUUAUAUCGAUGAUUUAUUAAUUUUUUCACAAGAUACACAGAGUCAUUUGGAACACAUAAAAAUAAUUCUGGAGGAAUUGGACACAGCGGGAUUAAAAUUAAACAUUGAAAAAUGUCAAUUUUUUCAAAAAGAAGUAAUUUAUUUGGGUUUUAAAUUGGACACCAAAACAGUAGGCUUAGCCGAAGACAGAGUCAAGCUCAUAGAUGAAUACCCAAGGCCAACGAAUUUGAAAACAUUGAGAGGUUUUCUUGGCACGAUUAAUUAUUUUAAAAAGCUGAUUCCCGAUUUGAGCCAAAAGGAAAUCCCUCUGAUAAAAUUGCUGAAAAAAGGAAUAAAAUGGAAUUGGAAAGAAGAACAGGAGGAAGCUUUCAAAACAUUAAAACGAGAAUUCGCAAAAGGAACGAAAAUAUAUCAUCCCAUUUAUAAUAUACCUUUUAUACUCCGAGCUGAUGCGUCCAUACAAAAAUUUGCAGGAGUUUUGUCUCAAAUACAAAACGACCAAGAAGUGCCGAUAUGUUUUAUAUCUCGAGUGACUAAAACAUAUGAGAGAAAAUAAAGUGUAACAGAAUUGGAGUUUGCCAGUGUACUAUAUUGCGUAAACAAAUUGAGGUUUUACUUAUUGGGAGCAAAAUUCACAAUCGAAACAGACCAUGCAGCUUUAGUACAUAUCAUGAAGAAUCGAUUAGUAAAUAAUAGAAUACAUAGAGGCAUUCUAUUAUUACAGGAGUAUGAUUUUGAGUUCCGAUAUAUAAAAAGAAAAGACAACAUAAUAGCCGACGCUCUAACACGGGAUGAGGACACCGGAAAAAAGGAAACAAUUACUCUACAGGUGGGACUAAAUAGAUUAAUACAAGAAGAAGGGGUAUAUUCGUUAAAUGAGAUAAGGACAAACCAGGAAGACCUAGAGGAAAGAGAGAAAAGAAGAGCAGAGGUAGAAAAUAACAUAUAUUUUAAGAGAAUAGACGGAAAGGAACUAUAUUUAGUGACACAGACAUUGGCAGAAAAGAUAAUAAAGAAAUUACAUGAGGACAAUGGACAUAUCGGUGGCAGAAAGGUUUGGCUCGUUUUUAGGGAAAAUUACAUCAGCCGACAAGAUUACCGCAUUGCAAAGGAAAUUACCCAGAAGUGCGAUGUAUGUCAAAAAUAUAAGAGUAGGAAUUUCAAAAACGAAAAUAUUGCAAAAAAUAUUGAAGCCCAGAACAAAUUGGACAUUGUAGCAAUAGAUAUGUUAAGCGAUCUAAUUAUGACCACUAAAAGGAACAAACAUAUUCUGGUGAUGGUGGAUGUGUUUUCAAAAUACGUAAAAUUAUACAGUUGCCGCACCACAAAGGGGGAAGAAAUAUUAAGAAAAAUCGACAAUUUUAUAGCCACAAUAGGAACACCAAAAAGGAUUCUACUAGACAAUGCAACGUAUUUCCGAAAUGAUCGUUUCAAGGGACAACUUCGAGAACGGGGAAUAGAGACAAAUUUUGUCAGCAUCAGGCAUCCCCAGAGUAACCCUUCGGAGCGCUUCAUACAGGAAGUGACGAAAUUUCUUCGCAUUGCGACGGAUGGUCAACAUCGCCACUGGGACAGGAAAAUGGCGGAAAUAGAAAUGUAUCUAAAUACCAUUCCGAGCACAGUAACAAAAGAGACCCCGGAAUACAUCAUGAAAGGGGUAAUGCCGAUAAGGCCAUGGGAAGACCCAGAGCCAAAGGAAUAUCAACAGGUGAUUGAAACAGUACAGAGAAUAUUGCGGCGAAGCAAUGAAAAGUAUAUCCAACGACAGGAACAUAAUAGAAAACGAAGACCAGUGACUUUCCAAAAGGGUGAAAAAGUACUUGUGAGGGCAUUACGAGUAUCAAAUCUUCCUGGGGGUAUUUGCGCAAAGUUAAUGCCUGUUUUCGAAGGCCCGUACAUCGUGAAUAAUGAAGAUGGGAUAAAUAGUUAUAAGUUGAGGCAUAGAAACUCGGAAAAGAUCCGAGGAAUUUAUAAUAUUCACGAUGUAUACAAAUAUCACGAAUAAAAGACAGAACUGCAUAAAGUAGAUAGUAAGUUAGGGUAUAAGACAUAGAUUAAAGCAAGGUAAUAUACGGGGAGUUGGAUUUGCCUCGAGAAAAUUUAAUUAAAGAUGCAGAUAAAUUUUAUCGAAUACAAACGCGGGGAUUUGUUAUAUUCCUAAUUGAUAUAAGAAAUAGAAGUUUAUAAUCAUAAAUUAAAGCCAAAUUAAAAUUAAGGUUUUCAUUUUUCUCGACCACGGGCAUGUAAAUUUUGAACACCCUGUAUAAAACAAAUUAUGUAUAGAUAGCUUUUAAGAGAGUGAUUCGGAGAAGUGUUUACGAACCGCGGGAACAAUACGACUCAAAUAAACAAUUAGAGUGAUGUGUACAAAGAAAGUGUUCGCGGAAGGAUUUGUCAUUAACCACCGCUAACUAAUACUCUAGUGAAUAAGAUAAUAGGUCAUUAAAUUUGUAAAUGUUGUAUUAAUGUAGAAAGUAAAAUUGAAAUGGGGAAUAUUAUUUUUUCUUGAAAUCCAUUAAGAUAUUGUUACGCGAUUGACUCUACUAUUUUAUUUAUUUAUAUCUUUAGGCACAAAGUUUAAUUUAAAUAAAGGAAGACUUACUUAUAUUAUUUUAUUUACAUCACUUAUUUAUUUUAAUAAUUACAAAUAACACCAACUAACACAUCUAAUUUAUUUACAACUCAAAUUUAUGAUUUAAUUAACUAAACAUAAUAACUUCGAUAACUAAUAUAUACAUUUCAUUAAAUCCGAUUCGAAUACAAUUAUAUCACGCGUCGCGGCUCGUUCAUUGACUGACUGGCCUGUGCUCGAAUUCCUGUUCUUAAAUACUCUGACAGUGGUCGCCUCGAAUCGCCGUGGAAGGUCUGGCCUUUACUCGUAACCCCGGGAAGCAUCGAGAAUAAUUAGGCCGGGUUGUGAGGCGUCACAUUGCCCCCUCCUUAAAAGAUGGUUCCUCCUGGAACCUUGUCGGGACUGGAACUGGAUGCUGGUAUCUGCAACUGGACCCUCUUUUACAACUCACAGUUGUAUAAAAGUGACAGGGGACGGUCUUCUCUCCGCACCAGUAAC